CGGCUCCGGGAGCUUUAGUCAACCCCACACAAGGUUGUUUAACAAGACGUCACCCCGCCACCACCAACCUCGAUCCGUCAUCGGCAUCAGUGAAACUCCAAGUCUUGGCCCUUCAUCUCUUCAAUUGAUUGAUUGUAUUGUGUAUUGGGCUUUUGUCGAGACUGAGUUGAGAUAUCAAGAUGGCUCUCCUUCAACGAUUGGCCGCUCCAUCGCGAGGAGCUCUGCGUCAAUCUCCAGUUAUCUCGUUGAUGAUCACAAGGAGAGCUUCCAAUGUCGCUCCCCCAAAGCUCAAAGACCCAUCACUUCUCAAGCAGGAUGUUUGUUAUGUCAAUGGUGAAUGGGUCAAGGCCGGCUCCGGCAAGACGUUCGAAGUCCAUGAUCCUUCCACUGGCAAACUCAUCGGAACAUGCCCCGAAUUCAACUCCAAAGAUACCCAAUUAGCCAUUGCCGCUGCUGCAGAUGCGUUCCCUUCAUUCCGCGCCAAGACCGGCCGUGAGCGCUCAAAGCUAUUGCGCGCUUGGUAUGAUCAAAUGGCCGCCAACGCUGAGGAUAUCGCAAAGAUUAUUACCUGGGAGAAUGGAAAGCCCAUCGCCGACGCCAAGGGUGAGACCACAUAUGCUGCAAACUUUCUCGAGUGGUUCAGUGAGGAAGCACCACGAGUAUAUGGUGAUACAAUUCCUAGCUCGGUUCCUGGAAACCGUGUUUGGACCAUCAAGGAGCCCGUUGGAGUCUGCGGUCUCAUCACACCAUGGAACUUCCCUGCUGCCAUGAUCACACGAAAAAUCGGACCAGCCCUGGCAGCAGGUUGCACGGUCGUCGCAAAGUCCCCUGCCGAAACACCAUUUACUUCACUCGCCUUGGCCGAAUUGGCUCACCGCGCAGGCAUCCCCAAGGGUGUCGUCAACGUCGUGACCUCACACGAAAACACACCCGAGCUCGGCGAGCUUCUCACAUCUGACCCUACUAUCCGCAAGGUCUCCUUCACAGGAUCCACCGGUGUUGGCAAGCUUCUUAUGAAGCAGUCUUCCGGCACUCUUAAGAAGCUCUCCAUGGAGCUUGGUGGCAACGCCCCUUUCAUCGUCUUCGAUGACGCUGAUGUGGAUGCUGCUGUGGCUGGAGCUAUCGCGUCCAAGUUCCGAUCUUCAGGCCAGACCUGUGUCUGCGCCAACCGAAUUUAUGUCCAGCGCGGAAUCUACGAUGAGUUCGUGUCCAAGUUUACCGAAAAGGUCAAGUCUUUCAGUGUAGGCAACGGUUUUGACCAAGGCGUUACACAUGGACCUCUGAUCCACGAUCGAGCUAUUGAGAAGGUUGAGGCUCAUGUCAAGGAUGCUGAGAAGAAGGGUGGAAAGAUCACCAUCGGAGGCAAGCGACUCAACGACCUUGGCUCCAACUUCUAUGCACCCACUGUCAUUCGUGACAUGACCCCUGAGAUGGACAUGGCCUCACAAGAGACCUUUGGACCUGUCGCCGGUCUCUUCCCCUUCGAGACAGAGGAAGAAGUUGUCAAGAUGGCCAACAACACCGAGGUUGGUCUAGCAGGCUAUUUCUUCUCCCGGGAUAUUGAGCGUGUGCACCGCAUUGCUGAGUCUCUUGAGGUUGGUAUGGUUGGAGUCAACACUGGUAUCAUUUCCGACGCUGCUGCGCCUUUCGGUGGUGUCAAGGAGAGUGGGUUCGGUCGCGAGGGCUCCCUAUAUGGAAUCGGAGAGUAUCAGAUUACAAAGAUGAUUACAUAUGGAGGCAUGGGCAAGCCCCUUCAGUCAUAAGCUGAUGAGCAUGUCCAAUGCAUGAGUUUAGUAUGGUAUGUAAUAAAGAAUGAAGCUGUCACCUACAGACAGAACAAUGCAUUUGCACACACCGAAUGCUAGUCCAUGGAGUAGUUUGUCCUGCAACUUGGUUUCUAUAUAUUGAAGAUAAGCUUUAUAGGUGCCUUUCUUUUGCUGUCAGCACUUCAGUAGCUUUUCAGGAGAACACUAUUAUAAAAGGGUUUGACUCAUCUU